AUGUUUCCACUCGUCCUGCACUACAGUUCCCCAGCAGAGGCGCGUGAGUUCCACUUUGUGCGUGAGCAGCGGUCGUGGUCUGAGGCGCUGCACUACUGCCGGCUGAAGCACACAGACAUGGCCAGCGCUGCCGACGCCUCAGAGAUGGGCCAGAUCGCGGCCGCCAUCCCCCCCGGUUACGCCGAGCCCGUUUGGAUCGGGCUGCAGCGUGGCAGGUCCUUGGUGUGGCGCUGGUCGGACCCGACCCGAGAGACCGGCUACAGCAAGUGGGGCGAUGGCCUCCCCAACGCACAGCCGAAGAUGUGUGCCGCCAUAUAUGGGUUUGACAUCUUCAUGUUUGGCAUCAUGAAUGCCUGGCUCAGCGACCCGUGCGGCCAUAUAAAGCAUUUCGUCUGCUUCGACCAGAGUCGGGGCCUUGUGGUGGUUGACGAGAAGAAGGAUUGGACCUCAGCACAGACCUACUGCCGGACGCACCACACAGACCUGGCCAGCGUGGGGUCCGACGCCGAGAGCGGUCAGAUUUGGGCCGCGAGGCCGAGCGGCGCCGCCCAGAUAUGGAUCGGCCUCUUCAGCGACGACUGGAGCUGGACCGACGGAACUGGCUCCUCGUUCCGGAACUGGCAGAGUGGGCAGCCGGAUAACGGUGUCGGCGAGGGCUGUGCGGGGCUGUUGACCAACGACUCGGGGAGGUGGGCCGACCUCUUCUGCACGAGACAGUACUCCUUCAUCUGCGCAGGAGCUCCACGGGCCAAGAGAUUGAUAGUGAGGGUGAAGAUUCGCUCUGCCCAGGAGAACAUGACUUCAGAAAUCACAGAUCACCUUCUCAAUCAGCUGGUUGCUCCGUGGGCUCAUGCACCUGAUAUGAAGGCGUCGUGGCAGAGAUGUGCCAAUGGAGAGAUCUUCAUCAGGGAGGAAGACAGGACAGAUGACAGGCCUGAGGAAAGAGGCACAACAGAGUGAGACGGACGUCCCUGCAGCUCAUGUUAUUUACAUCUCUCCCUCAUUAGGAGUAAACAAAUGCAUCUGGCGUGUGGAGGCAUAUUCUAGUACACAAAUAAUAUGUACAUAGGUUUAGGCGAAGUAGAAUUUACAUAACCUUCUGCAUACAUGUAGCCAUGGAAAUGCACAUACACACACACAUUGGUUGUAUGUAUUUUGCCCUUUUUUAUCUACAUUGUAAUGCUGCUUA